CAGUGCCCAGCAGCGAGGUGCUCGUGCAGUUGUCAGGGCGCUCUCGCACCGUGAGCACCUCAAAUAUCACUGUCUGUACAUCCAAAUACCGUCAAUAUAUUCGGUGCCGGCUUAUUAUCCACCAGUUACUUAAAAUGCCACCGAUUAUUUUAGAAGCGACGUGAUUUUGUGAAUACCAUUAUUUAUUUUUAUUCUGUGAUUUAUUAUUUAUUACUUUUAUUUGUUGCUUUGUAGAACUUGGUGAAGUGUCAAGUUUGUUUUUAUUAUUAUUAUUUGAAUAUAUAUUGUGAUAGGUGAGCAAGAACUUAUGAGACACAAACUAGUGAGAAUGCAACAGAACAAGGACGCACAGAAUCCAGCUUCAAGCGCGGAUUUGCGCGAGGCCGAGUCUUCAACCGAGGGCUUGGACUCGACUUUGCCCAAUUUCACUCUGCAAAACGUCGCGUUGUCGCUUCAAGGCGCCCUUCUGGCAACGUUACAACGCGCUGCCUUAUUUCCCCCAGGUGCUGUGGCCGCGGCCCUCAAUCUCCAAGCACUCGAGACCUACCUGACGCUCCAUAGACUCCAGGUGACUUCGGCCACAGUUCCAGCAAACUACUCGCCAACCCGGCUGUCAUUCAAUUCAAGCCUACUUUCAUCUCCAACGUCAACGUCAGCGUCGGCAUCAUCAUCGACUUCAUCAACAUCCAUAUCAACGUCGACGUCCACAUCGACCUCAACAUCAACCUCAACUGCGAAAGCAGAUCUUGACGUUCUUCAGACGACUCUAGACGACGACGAGGUCUCGCACCUGGACUUCGUUGCCGAUCCCGAAGACUUGGCCCUUCUCGAAGAAGACGAAGCCUUUCGUGAUAAUCUAGAGUCGUCGAUCCACCAAGAUGUUUUGCUGCAACGGAUCGCAGAGACAACAUUACCCGCGCCGUCGCUUUCCAGCUCCGCUGGAGGCAUUUCAUCCUCAGUACCAGCAACUUCAACCAGUGAUUCAACCCUUCCUCGCAACUGCAGGAGCUCGCGCCCAAAAAAACAGUUCAUCUGCAAAUUUUGCAAUAGACAGUUUACUAAAAGUUACAAUUUGUUGAUACACGAGCGGACCCACACUGACGAACGGCCUUACUCUUGUGAUAUUUGUGGCAAAGCUUUCCGACGGCAAGAUCAUUUGAGAGACCACAGGUAUAUCCAUAGUAAAGAGAAACCAUUCAAGUGCGCAGAAUGCGGAAAAGGAUUCUGCCAAAGCCGUACCCUGGCGGUCCACAAGAUUCUUCACAUGGAAGAGUCGCCACACAAGUGCCCGGUCUGCGCGCGCAGUUUCAAUCAGAGGAGCAACUUGAAGACGCACUUAUUGACCCACACUGACAUAAAACCCUAUCAUUGCGCCUCGUGUGGAAAAGUUUUCCGGCGCAACUGUGACCUGCGCAGGCACUCGCUGACCCAUAAUUUGGGAGUCCCGGGCCUUGGGCCCAAUUCCGUUCUUCAGGAGACUUCUUAGUUUCCGGGUGGGUCCUAUGUACAUAUAUUGGGACUACUGCUUAAAGACUUACUCUGUGAUCUCUGCGUCGUCAA